AUGACGCUGGGGGAAAGCAAGUCAAUACUGUAUCAGCAAUAUGAAAUGGCCAGGGCACAACUGGCGGAAGAAAAUUUAAAGAUCCAGCAGGACGCUUACGCUCAAACGGUAGGAUCACACGAACGCUUUAAUCAAAUGCAGCAACAGAUUAACACGUUGGAAUCGCAGAAAGCCCAGUUGUUUGAGGAGAACAAUCAGAUGCAAGAUCGGAUUAAUCAGAUGCAGGCGUAG